CUCUACGCUCAGAACAGUACCAAACGCAGCAUUAAAGAGCGACUUAUGAAGCUCUUACCCUGCUCGGCUGCCAAAACGACAUCUCCUGUUACUCAAAACACUGUAGAAGAUGAAAUGGAAAUGGCUACAGUACGACAUAGACCUGAAGCUCUGGAACUGCUGGAAGCACAGAGUAAAUUCACAAAGAAGGAACUGCAGAUCCUCUAUAGAGGUUUCAAGAACGAAUGCCCCAGCGGUGUCGUCAAUGAAGAUACCUUCAAAGAAAUUUACUCUCAGUUCUUUCCACAAGGAGAUUCCACAACUUAUGCACAUUUUCUGUUUAAUGCAUUUGACACUGAUCAUAAUGGAUCGGUAAGUUUUGAGGAUUUCGUUAAGGGUCUCUCAAUUCUACUCCGAGGGACAGUGCAGGAGAAACUGAACUGGGCUUUCAAUUUGUAUGAUAUAAAUAAGGAUGGAUAUAUAACUAAAGAGGAAAUGCUUGAUAUCAUGAAAGCAAUAUAUGAUAUGAUGGGGAAAUGCACUUAUCCUGUUCUCAAGGAGGACGCACCUAGACAACAUGUGGAAACAUUUUUCCAGAAAAUGGACAAAAACAAAGAUGGAGUAGUUACCAUAGAUGAAUUCAUUGAGAGCUGCCAAAAAGAUGAGAACAUAAUGCGUUCCAUGCAGCUCUUUGAAAAUGUGAUUUAAUGAAGAUGUUAUUAGCUCAGCAACUAAUGGACAAAUAAGAGCUAUUCUGCAACAUUACCUGAAAGUUGGAUUUCCCAUAUUUAUCAUAAAUAAAACUACUCAGCUUUAACACUGAGAUAUGUA